GAUCGGAUCGAGAGCCAGCGAGAACUGACCAUGGGAGAAGCGUGCAGGGACGCGGCGGCUGCGGGCCGGCAGGACGAAGCGGGCGGCGGCGGAGGUCGUCAUCACGCGGAGAAUGAGGUCGUCGGCGACCUGGCCGCCUCAGCGAAGCUGUACGAGGACGUGCCGGCGUUUCCGAUGAUGGCGCUCAACCACAUCUCCCGCCUGUGCGAGUCCGUCGACGCUUCCGUCCGGUUCUACGUCAAGGCGCUCGGCUUCGUGCUCAUCCACCGCCCGCCGGCGCUCGACUUCUCCGGCGCAUGGCUCUUCAACUACGGCGUGGGGAUCCACCUCGUGCAGCGCGACGACGCGCGGAGGGCCCCCGACGUGAGGCCGGAGACGGAGCUGGACCCCAUGGACAACCACGUGUCGUUCCAGUGCGAGGACAUGGGGGCAAUGGAGCGGAGGCUCCAGGAGUUGCACAUCCGGUACAUGAAACGGACCAUCAACGAGGAGGAAGGGUCGCCCAUCGACCAGCUCUUCUUCAGGGACCCCGACGGCUUCAUGAUCGAGAUCUGCAACUGCGAGAACCUCGAGCUCGUCCCCGCCGGCGCGCUCGGCCGCCUCAGGCUGCCCCGCGACCGCCACAACCCGCCUGUGCGCACCGGCACCGGCGGCGCCGAGUAGGCUAGGAGGCGUGCGCGCGUGUUCGUGACCCACCGGGGCCAGCAGCUCAACCAAGUUUGAGUCGCCGUAGGCCCGUAGCGGGGGCUUAUGCUGGGUUUUGGCUCUUGUUUCGCGCCGAGAGUUCAAGUUUUGAAUUCGAAUUUGUACUAGUUUGGCUUUGAUUUAGUUAUCAGGAGACUAGUAACUAGGAGCGAUCGAAGCAGUUUUGGUAUGUGCGUUUGGCUUCAAAUCUUGCAUUUCCAAUGUUAAUUUCAAUUCAGUA